CUCACAGAGACAGCGCCCGCGUCUUCCAAAAAGCCUGCGUCCGACCGACGGCGCCUGCCCGCCAAGGAGCACCCGUGGCGGCCCCUUGUCCCGGCCCCAGGUUCUCUCACUCGCCCCCUACCUCCCUCCUCAGACGGGCGGCACUGCAUUGGUCUCAGCGGCGCGAAAGUGUUUCACGCCCCCCCCCCCCCGCCACUUCCCGCUUCCACCCACGCUGCCUCCUUUACUCAUUCAAGAGGAUUUAUUGACUACCCACUCCAGACGCCUAGCAGGUACACCGGAAUCCCUGGCCUCGAACCUCGGUCUUUAUAUGCCUUUUGCAAAAAAGAAAUGAUUUGGUGAUGGAGUGCUGCUGCCCCUGACCGAUGGACUCAAAGAAGAGAAGCUCAGUAGAGGCAGAAGGAUCCAAAGAAAGAGGCCUGGUCCAUGUCUGGCAGGCAGGAUCCUGUUCUUUAGCACCAGAGAGAUUGCCAGGCUGGGGAGGAAAGACUGUUCUUCAAGCAGCCCUGGGAGUGAAACAUGGAGUUCUUCUGACUGAAGAUGGUGAGGUCUACAGCUUUGGGACUCUUCCCUGGAGAAGUGAACCAGCAGAGAUUUGUCCGAGUAGCCCCAUUCUAGAAAAUGCCCUGGUCGGACAAUAUGUUGUUACUGUGGCAUCAGGGAGUUUCCACAAUGGAGCAGUGACAGAAAGUGGCGUAGUGUACAUGUGGGGGGAGAACUCUGCAGGCCAGUGUGCAGUGGCUAACCAGCAGUAUGUUCCAGAACCAAAUCCUGUCAGCAUUUCUGAUUCUGAGACCAGUUCUUUGCUAGCAGUCAGGAUUUUGCAGCUGGCAUGUGGUGAGGAGCACACUCUGGCAUUGUCAAUAAGCAGAGAGAUUUGGGCAUGGGGUACCGGUUGUCAGUUGGGUCUCAUUACCACCACCUUCCCAGUGACAAAGCCACAAAAGGUGGAACAUCUUGCCGGGCGAGUGGUGCUACAAGUUGCCUGUGGUGCGUUCCACAGCUUAGCACUUGUACAGUGCCUCCCUUCCCAGGAUCUAAAGCCAGUCCCAGAAAGAUGCAACCAGUGCAGCCAACUCUUAAUUACUAUGACUGACAAAGAAGACCAUGUGAUUAUAUCAGAUAGUCAUUGUUGCCCAUUAGGUGUGACGCUGUCAGAAUCCCAGGUAGAAAACCAGGCCAGCACUGCCAUAAGCCCCUCCACUGAAACCCUGGACAACCAGGGAGAAGUAUUUGAGAAUACGCUUGUAGAAAAUGAUGUGCCUGUUGCUACCGACGCCACGAGAGGUGAUGCCAUUUCCUCCCAACAAGACACCAUGGGAACAACUGAAAUUUCUUCUGCCAGAAAUACACCAUCGUACCCUGAUACUCAAGCAGUAAAUGAAUACGUGCAAACACUGUCAGAUCGUUCAGUAAGAGAGAACUCAGAGAACGGCGAAAAGCCAAUGCCAUCUCAGCCUCUUGUAGAAGAAGCAGUUCCUAAUCUUCACAGCCCACCAACCACAAGCACCUCAGCCCUAAACAGCCUAGUAGUCUCUUGUGCAUCUGCUGUUGGUGUGAGAGUGGCUGCUACAUAUGAAGCCGGGGCCUUGUCCCUUAAGAAAGUUAUGAACUUCUAUAGCACAGCCCCUUGUGAACCUGGAACUCAGGCAGGCAGUAGUUCCAUAGGCCCGGAAGGUCUGAAAGAUAGCAGAGAAGAACAGGUUAAGCAGGAAUCAAUGCAAGGAAAGAAAAGUUCAAGUCUUGUGGAUAUCAGAGAAGAAGAAUCAGAGGGAGGCAGCCGAAGACUCUCCCUCCCUGGGUUGUUGUCCCAAGUUUCCCCCAGGCUCUUAAGAAAAGCUGCACGGGUAAAAACUCGGACAGUGGUUCUGACCCCUACGUACAGUGGAGAAGCAGAUGCACUCCUGCCUUCUCUGAGAACGGAGGUGUGGACCUGGGGGAAAGGGAAGGAAGGACAGCUGGGGCACGGUGAUGUUCUGCCUAGGCUUCAACCACUAUGUGUAAAAUGUCUCGAUGGGAAAGAAGUAAUCUAUCUGGAGGCAGGGGGUUACCAUUCUCUUGCACUUACUGCGAAAUCCCAGGUUUACUCAUGGGGUAGCAAUACCUUUGGUCAACUUGGGCAUUAUGAUUUUCCAACAACAGUUCCUCGUCUUGCAAAGGUGAACAGUGAAAAUGGAGUCUGGAGUGUAGCUGCAGGCCAGGAUUAUUCCCUGUUUUUAGUGGAUACAGAAGACUUCCAACCUGGGUUAUAUUAUAGUGGCCGACAGGACCCUACAGAAGUUGACAACCUUCCAGAGAAUCACAGUGGUACUAAGACUCCAGUACUUCUCUCCUGUAGUAAGCUCGGAUAUAUAAGCAGAGUGACAGCAGGAAAAGAUAGCUAUCUAGCUUUGGUGGACAAAAAUGUUAUGGGAUAUAUUGCCAGUCUCCAUGAGUUGGCUACUACAGAAAGACGGUUCUAUUCAAAACUAAGUGACAUCAAAUCUCACAUCCUCAGGCCUCUUCUUAGUUUAGACAAUUUGGGCACUGCAAGUACAGUCCAGCUGUUGCAGGAGGUGGCGAGCCGGUUCAGCAAGCUGUGUUACCUAAUUGGUCAGCAUGGAGCCUCACUGAGCAGCUUCCUUCAUGGGAUAAAGGAAGCCAGGAGUUUGGUCAUUCUGAAGCAUGCAAGUCUCUUCUUGGAUAGUUAUACAGAGUAUUGCACAUCUAUUACAAAUUUCCUGGUUAUGGGAGGAUUCCAGCUUCUUGCUAAGCCUGCCAUGAGCACGUUAAAGCAGAACACUUCUGUGGGGUUAAAUGAGUGUCCUCAGCUGAUCUCAGCAGCAGAACAUGGAGGAGGAAGUAGGAACAUCCACACAAGCCAAAUUGAUUUCCUAAAUAAAAACCAGGAGCUGUUACAAGAUUUAUCAGGUAAUGACGAAAACACUCAACUGAUGGAAAUACUGAAUACUCUGUUUUUCCUGCCAAUCAGACGACUUCAUAAUUAUGCAAAAGUUUUGCUAAAGCUUGCUACUUGUUUUGAAGUGGGUGUCCAACAUAAGGAUUGGAUAGAUGUACAUACUGUGGAAAUGAUCACCCACAAUAGUCUAAUUAACAUCAUUGCCACAUGUAGAAGUAUAUCUUUUAAUAUUCUGUAUGAUGAGAUGGAAGUACACGAAGCGGCUCUUCUGGACAUCUCCAGAUACCAGAAACUGCAGGAUUCCAGUUCUUGUUAUGAGUCUCUUGCUCUCCAUCUCGGCAAAAGGAAGGAAGCUGAAUACACACUGGGCUUCUGGAAGACCUUUCCUGGAAAAAUGACGGAUUCCUUGAGGAAGCCAGAGCGCCGACUGCUGUGUGAGAGCAGUAACCGAGCCCUAUCUCUGCAGCAUGCUGGGAGGUUUUCUGUGAAUUGGUUCAUUCUCUUUAAUGAUGCCCUAGUCCAUGCUCAGUUCUCCACACAUCAUUUCCCUUUGGCCACAUUAUGGGCAGAGCCACUUUCUGAAGAAGCUGGUGGUGUGAAUGGCUUAAAGAUAACUACACCUGAGGAGCAGUUCACUCUCAUUUCAUCAACACCCCAGGAAAAGACUAAGUGGCUACGGGCUAUAAGCCAAGCUGUGGAUCAGGCUUUGAGGGGGACAUCUGACCUUCCACCUUAUGGAAGUGGCAGUAGUAUUCAGAGGCAGGAACCACCCAUUUCACGCAGUGCCAAAUAUACUUUCUAUAAGGAUCCUCGCCUGAAGGAUGCAACCUAUGAUGGACGCUGGCUUUCAGGGAAGCCCCAUGGCAGAGGGGUUUUGAAGUGGCCAGAUGGAAAGAUGUAUUCUGGCAUGUUCAGGAAUGGCUUGGAAGAUGGAUAUGGAGAAUAUAGAAUCCCAAACAAAGCACUGAACAAAGAAGACCAUUAUGUGGGCCAUUGGAAAGAAGGAAAAAUGUGUGGUCAAGGAGUCUAUAGUUAUGCCUCUGGUGAAGUGUUUGAAGGCUGUUUUCAAGAUAACAUGCGUCAUGGUCAUGGUCUCCUACGGAGUGGAAAAUUGACUUCCUCUUCUCCCAGUAUGUUCAUUGGCCAAUGGGUAAUGGAUAAGAAAGCAGGAUAUGGUGUCUUUGAUGAUAUCACUAGGGGGGAAAAGUAUAUGGGAAUGUGGCAAGAUGACGUAUGUCAAGGGAAUGGUGUGGUAGUUACCCAGUUUGGAUUAUACUAUGAAGGCAACUUUCACCUUAAUAAAAUGAUGGGAAAUGGGGUUUUACUUUCCGAAGAUGAUACUAUAUAUGAGGGAGAAUUUUCAGAUGACUGGACUCUUAAUGGAAAGGGAACGCUGACUAUGCCAAAUGGAGAUUACAUUGAAGGUUAUUUUAGUGGAGAAUGGGGAUCUGGGAUAAAAAUCACCGGAACUUACUUCAAGCCUAGUCUGUAUGAGAGUGAUAAAGACAGACCCAAAGUUUUCAGGAAGCUAGGAAACCUGGCAGUGUCAGCUGAUGAGAAAUGGAAAGCAGUCUUUGAUGAAUGUUGGCGUCAACUGGGCUGUGAUAACCCAGGCCAAGGGGAAGUUUGGAAAGCAUGGGACAAUAUUGCUGUGGCCCUGACUACCAAUCGGCGCCAACACAGAGACAGUCCAGAGACAUUAAGUCGUUCACAGACUCAAACACUAGAGAGUUUGGAAUUCAUUCCUCAGCAUGUUGGUGCCUUCUCUGUGGAGAAAUAUGAUGACAUCAAGAAAUAUUUAAUAAAGGCCUGUGACACUCCUCUGCACCCCCUGGGCAGGCUUGUGGAGACACUGGUUGCAGUUUAUAGAAUGACAUAUGUGGGUGUGGGAGCCAAUCGCCGGUUAUUGCAGGAGGCUGUGAAGGAGAUUAAGUCCUACCUUAAGCGAAUUUUCCAGCUGGUGAGAUUCUUAUUUCCUGAGCUUCCUGAAGAGGGCAGCACAAUUCCUCUCUCUGCUCCUCUGCCAACCGAAAGGAAAUCCUUUUGCACUGGGAAAUCAGAUUCCAGAUCCGAAUCUCCAGAGCCUGGUUAUGUGGUAACAAGUUCUGGGUUACUGCUUCCUGUACUACUACCUCGGCUCUACCCACCACUGUUUAUGCUCUAUGCCCUGGAUAAUGAUCGUGAGGAAGACAUUUACUGGGAAUGUGUACUACGACUAAAUAAACAGCCAGAUAUUGCUCUUCUGGGCUUCCUUGGGGUGCAGAGGAAAUUUUGGCCAAUGACCUUGUCAAUCCUUGGAGAGAGUAAAAAGGUUUUGCCAACCACAAAAGAUGCUUGUUUUGCCUCAGCUGUAGAAUGUCUACAGCAGAUUAGCACGACAUUUACCCCGUCAGACAAACUUAAGGUCAUCCAGCAGACUUUUGAAGAGAUCUCUCAGAGUGUCCUGGCAUCACUUCAGGAAGACUUUUUAUGGUCGAUGGAUGACUUGUUUCCUGUUUUCUUAUAUGUGGUGCUACGGGCCAGGAUUAGGAAUUUAGGCUCCGAGGUACACCUCAUUGAGGAUCUGAUGGACCCGUAUCUUCAGCAUGGGGAACAGGGUAUAAUGUUCACCACCUUGAAGGCGUGUUACUACCAGAUCCAGCGUGAGAAGCUUAACUAGGAUGCAGAACAGCCUGACAACUGGAUUAUCUGUAGGGUGUUUAGCACCAUCUGGCGUCUUCCUGUAGUGGCAAAAAAGAAUGGUGUUGAAAUUAGGACGUUGUAUUAUUUUGGUUGUUAUCUCUGAGCCUUACUAAUGGUGAUAGCUCUGAGUCCAGAAAAAAAGACUGUAUGGUUUAAAGGGAGGAAUGAAAAAGGACAUAGUAUUCAAUUAAACCAGUCCCUCGCCUAUGUUAAAUUCCCAAAAUAUCACACAUUUACUGUUUGGAAAAAGAGGAUAUCCCUUCCUACAGUAAAGACUAUGCCAGCUACAUGAAGUCGUAAGAGAAGUUCUCAGUAUAGCUUCUUACAUUAAAGAAGUUAAUAAAUAUUUUUGAGUUUCGGGUUUGCCUGCAGUUACCCCAGGCCCUUUUGCAAGGAGCAGAUGGUACUUGAAACUAUUGUAGCCACACUAUGCCUUCCUGAAUUCCUUGCAGUCACGUGUGCAUCAUGCUUCUUUGCUGAAGGAGGGGGAAGAGGACCUUCUAAAACUGCAGUUUUAACUUUUUCUAAGCUUUUCCACUAGGUAGUGUUCAUGAUGGGAGAGGUUCUAUGCAGUGACUACCGCACCCUGACCCCAAACAUGGAACACAUCUAAAUAGGAGUCUUCUGCCUCCUGAUUAGGAAGAACAUAGGAAAUUUGUUCUUGGAUUCCUUUACAGUGCUACAGAGUGAAUACACUGGAAUUCAAACACUGACUCUGAGCUGCUAUGGAAACCUCAUUGUCCAUGUGCAAAUGCUGUAUUCCGAGGCCUGUGAAUGAGAGCCUGAAGAGCUUUUGCAUGUGGGCUGUGUUUUGGAGCGGACUGAAUUCUGGGAAAUAGCAUCCAUCCUUGAUCUAGCAUUCUUCUCUACCUCGCACUGAACUCACAGAGGGGAAGAAAAAAGGAAACAAGCUUUGGCUUUUCCCAUCUCAAAAGUAUUGUAACACCUCAACAUUUUAGUGUUUUGCUUUUUACCUUUUUUUUUUUUAACGUCCUAUUGUAAAUGGUUGGUUUACACUGUACUAGUAACACUAGUAGUUGUUUUGAAUAACAUAGGUGCUCUUCCUCAUCUCAUCUCCUACACACCAUGGUGAGCAUACAGAGUGUCCUCCAGAUUUAUGUUAACAUCAGCAGAUGUUAAUCAGUUUUGAAAAAGGAUCAUGGUUUCUGCUCUACUUUAUAAUCAAGACGUGUUUAUUAAAUACUGUUUUGGAAUGUUGGCUGUAAUGUAACAGCAAUUUCAUAAUAAAAGACAUUCAUCUCUA